AUGGCAGAGAAAUUGAAUCUGGGAGAUCCCUACCUGAUUGAUUGCCAUGCUUCCUCAUUCACCCUACAGCCUGAGGACAGAGUUGUGGUCGCAGGUCACCCGGUCACCCUGUCCUGUGCAGUUGCAGGCUAUCAUGGAAUUGUUCUGUGGACAAAGGACGGCCUGGGAUUGGGGGUCGAGAAGCAGCUGCCAGGCUUUCCACGUUACUCCAUUGUGGGAGACCAUGCCGCCGGCGAAUACAGCCUGCGCAUUGAGAAGGCAGAGCUCAUUGACGAUGCAGUAUACGAAUGUCAGGCAACGCACGUGGCCCUGCGUUCCCAGCCAGCCCGGCUGACGGUGUUGAUACCUCCAGAUAAUCCAGUCAUCAGCAGUGGGCCCAUCGUUAGCCUGAAAGUGGGAGACUCUCUGAACCUAACAUGUCGUGCAGACAAUGCCAAGCCAGCAGCUGUCAUCACCUGGAUACGAGAUGGAGAGCCCCUGAAAGGGGCCACCUACAUAAAGAGACUACUGAAGGAUGGGAAAAGAGAGAGCAUCAUCAGCAGCCUGCACAUCCCACAAUCCGAAAUCGAAAACGGGCAGCGCAUCAUCUGCAGAGCAAAGAACGCAGCAGUCCCGGAGGGGAGGGAAGCUGAAGUCACGAUUGAUAUCCAACACCCGCCUCUGGUGAACCUGACCGUGGAGCCACAGCCUGUCCUGGAAGGAAGCACAGUGAGAUUCCGAUGCUCUGCAAAAGCAAAUCCUGCGGUCAGCCUGUACAGAUGGGCAAAGGCUGGUCAGUUGCUGAGAGGAAUUCUGGGUGAGACAUACGAGACAAUUGUGGACUACACCUUCUUUACAGAGCCUGUAUCCUGUGCCGUGUCGAAUCCAUUGGGAAGUACAAACAUCAGCAGAACCGUCGAUGUGUACUUUGGCCCCCGGCUGAUUUCUGAGCCCCAGUCUCUGUCUGUCGACCUGGGGUCGAGCGCCAUCUUUAACUGCGCCUGGACUGGAAACCCGUCUCUCACCAUCGUGUGGAUGAAGCGAGGCUCCGGGGUGGUUCUCAGCAAUGACAACAUCAUGACUCUAAAGGCCGUUGCCCAGGAGGAUGCUGGGAAGUAUGUCUGCAGGGCCGUUGUGCCGCGAGUUGGUGCUGGGGAGAGGGAGGUCAGCCUGAUGGUCAAUGGGCCCCCCAUCAUUUCCAGCACACAGAUGCAGCACGCUCUACAGGGCAAGAAAGGGCAGAUCAAGUGCUUCAUCCGGAGUACACCUCCUCCCGAUCGAAUAGCCUGGUCAUGGAAGGAGAACGUUCUAGAAUCAGGGACUUCAGGACGUUACACAGUGGAGACAGUGAGCAUGGAGGAAGGCGUGAUCUCCACACUGACCAUCAGUAACAUCGUACGUGCGGACUUCCAGACAAUUUACAACUGCACGGCUUGGAACAGCUUUGGUUCCGAUACGGAAAUUAUUCGCUUGAAAGAACAAGAGGCGGUCUCGCUGGCUGUUGUCAUCGGCGUGGCAGUUGGGGCUGGAGUGGCAUUUGUUGUCGUCUUGGCAACAAUCACAGUCAUCUGCUGCUCACGGUCCCAGAGAAAUGGUAAAGGUGAUGUCUCAGCCAAGAAUGACAUCCGGGUCGAGAUUGUCCACAAGGACCACAAUGGAACCCAGCAACCGGGAGACCAGACAAUUAAAAACGUGAUGAUCGACAGGGGAGAGUUUGAUCAAGACCCAGUGUUGAAACAACUGGAAGUUCUCAAGGAAGAGGAGAAGGAAUAUCAGCACAUCAAGGAUCCCACGAACGGUUAUUACAGCGUCCGCACGUUCCCGGACCUUCGGCCAGCUGGCAACACUGCCACUGUGGGGUGCCCACCUGACCACAGGCCCAAUGUGAAACAGCGGGUGCCCACAGGCAUGUCCUUCUCCACCCUCUACACGCAGCUGAGUGCAGCCAACCGCAUGUACGAAUAUGGGCAACGCUUUGUGUUGGGAAACGGCAGUAGCUCCAUUGAGCUGUGCGAGCGGGAGUAUCAACGAGGCUCCAUGAGUGACAGCAACUCCUUCCUGGACAACCAGUGCAACAGCAGCGUCAGCAGCAACAGCAAGCAGGACAGCUCAGUCCAGUUCGAUGAGGCCAGCAAGGCCUCAGCCUCCUCCCACUAUUCGCACUCCUCCUCCCAGAACUCUGACUUAACGCGACCACUGCAGAGGCGGAUGCAGACCCACGUCUAA